GAGGGGUGUCCCAGCAUGAAUGACCCCUUCAACGAGCAUGCGCUGAAGAACGCAGGCGCACUCAUCUCUCAACCGGAUUCUGGCCGAGGCGGAGCGCCAUGUCAUGCCACGCCCCAAUCCACUAUAUCACGAAUGGGGGCGGGGUUUGCAGAUUCUCGUCUACGAUUGGCUGUGUGGGACGCAUCCGGAUGUAUUGACCAGAGCCCUUGGAGUCGGAUCACGCCGGCGCAGUCGGCGGCUGCUAGGAGAUCGGUGCUUCAGGUUGAAUCCUCUUGGCCGCAGCCCAUGGGAGCGCAGCUGAGCGGCGCGAGUGAUGGCGAUAGCCCAGGCCCGGCUGACCAGGCCGCGGAGCAGCCCCAGCCCGCCGCCCCUGGAGCUGGCGAGGGAGCCCCCAGACCCCGCCCUGACCCGGAGGUGUGGGGUCCCUUGGACGAUGUGCGCUUCGUCAUCGUCUGCACGUCCUGGUACUAGCAGGGCACCAGAGCUGCGUUCGGACCCGUGGAGCACCGUGGUGAUGGAGGGCAGCUGCUGCCUUUCCCUAGCCGCGGGCAUCUCUUCCCCCUUCCCUGACCCCACACUUUCUAUUGCCCCUCUUCACUUGGUAAUGGGAGGUGGGGCGGGGCGCUUUGCCACCACUUCCCUCAGUUCUCUUCCCCCGCCUCCCCAACCUGACAUCCCUGUUAUCUCUUUGCCUGCACUUUUACUCGUUUAUUCUUAGAACCCUUUAGUUUCUGGACAUUUAGUUCUGGAUUGGCUAGCCUCUCCUCUCUUUAGACACUCCCACCCCCACCAACAAAGAUGCAGAGGGCCUCCACUCCCCCCCCCCCCCCCAUACACAGACAUACCUUCCCAGCUUCUUGGGUUGUUUUCUUAGUGCGAAGCACCUCCUUUCUUAUCCUCCCACCCCCCGUGGGAUGUUAAAUUUAUCUGGAUCUCAAUUGUACACGGGGCUCCAAAAGCAUUACUCUAAUCCCCCCAACCCCUGGGUUCCUCCCCAAUCAGCAUUCUUUUCCCAAGAAUACUGUACCACUUGGGCCCUCCAGGGUCAAGUUUCUUGUCCUCCUCUCCAGAAAAGUGACAAUCUGUAUAUUUUCAUUUUAUUUAGAAAUGGUUUAAAAAACAUUAUACAAAGGCUGAUCAGUUUUAAAA